AAGGCAACACAGGAAAAAAAAAUAAACCAACCUGGGACAGUAACAACCCAAGAAAAUGUUCAGCCGGCUGGUUUGUAUCAGUGAUUAUGAACAACAUGCUAAAUCAGUACUUCCAAAGUCUGUAUAUGACUAUUAUAGGUCUGGGGCAAAUGAUCAGGAAACCUUGGCUGAUAAUAUUGCAGCAUUUUCCAGAUGGAAGCUGUAUCCACGGAUGCUCCGGAAUGUUGCUGAAAUAGACCUGUCGACUUCUGUUUUAGGGCAGAGAGUCAGCAUGCCGAUAUGUGUUGGGGCUACCGCCAUGCAGUGCAUGGCUCACGUGGACGGGGAACUUGCGACUGUACGAGCCUGUAGGUCACUGGGAACCGGCAUGAUGCUGAGUUCCUGGGCCACCUCCUCAAUUGAAGAAGUGGCAGAGGCUGGUCAUGAGGCGCUUCGCUGGCUGCAGCUGUACAUCUACAAGGAUCGUGAGGUCACCAAGCAGCUAGUGCAACGGGCCGAGCGCAUGGGCUACCAGGCCAUCUUUGUGACAGUGGACACCCCUUACCUGGGCAACCGCUUCGAUGAUGUGCGUAACAGGUUCAAGCUGCCAGCCCAACUCAGAAUGAAAAAUUUUGAAACCAGUGAUUUAGCAUUUUCUCCUAAGGAGAAUUUUGGAGACAACAGCGGACUUGCUUCAUAUGUGGCUAAAGCGAUAGACCCAUCUAUCAGCUGGGAGGAUAUUAAAUGGCUGAGAGGGCUGACAUCACUACCAAUUGUCGCAAAAGGCAUUUUGAGAGGAGAUGAUGCAAUGGAGGCAGUUAAACAUGGUUUGGAUGGGAUCUUGGUGUCAAAUCAUGGGGCUCGACAACUUGAUGGGGUGCCAGCCACUAUUGAUGCUCUGCCAGAAAUUGUGGAGGCUGUGGAAGGAAGGGUGGAAGUCUUCCUGGAUGGGGGCGUUCGGAAAGGCACUGAUGUUCUGAAAGCUCUGGCCCUGGGAGCCAAGGCUGUGUUUGUGGGGAGACCGAUCAUUUGGGGCUUAGCUUCCCAGGGAGAGAAAGGUGUCCAAGAUGUCCUGGAGAUACUAAAGGAAGAAUUCCGUUUGGCCAUGGCUUUGAGUGGGUGCCAGAAUGUGAAAGUCAUCGACAAGACAUUGGUGAGGAAAAAUCCUUUGGCCCUUUCCAGGAUCUGACAGUGCACAAUAUUUUCCCAUCUGUAUUAUUUUUUUUUCAGCAUGUAUUACUUGACAAAGAGACACUGUGCAGAGGGUGACCACAGUCUGUAAUUCCCCACUUCAAUACAAAGGGUGUCGUUCUUCUCCAACAAAAUAGCAAUCCCUUUUAGUUCAUUGCUUUUGACUUUUCAAUGGGUGUCCUAGGAACCUUUUAGAAAGAAAUGGACUUGCAUCCUGGAAAUAUAUUAACUGUUAAAAAGAAAACAUUGAAAAUGUGUUUAGACAACGUCAUCCCCUGGCAAGCUAAAGUGCUGAAAAACAAAAGAUAUCCUUUGGUAAAAUUGAAGGUAGCUAACGCUGAGGUGAAAAGAUAAUGAUCUCACUGUUUAUUAACCUGCAUUGUGUUUAGAUAUCCUUAAAACAGUGUUCUUAAGUUGCAAGCUUGGGUUCAGAAGGUUGGAUGUGCCCGGAGAAACAGGCGACUUGGAUUCAGAGUACUGAGGAGGUAGCACUUGAUAGAAUUGGAAUCAAUUGGUGGUAAUUUGUGAUUUUCUAGCUACUUUUAAAAACCCUGAGCUGUGCUACUUCUUUGAAUGUAAAUUUCCAUUCACAUCUUUAGCAUCUGGAUAUAUCUGAAUAUUUCAUGAUAUAUAUUGCUUUUUAAUCAGAAAUAAAUAAA